ACCAGCGUAUUACAUAGAUGGUAUUUUCACACAUUUACACAGACACAGGGUGGCGACAGAGCAGAGUUCGUACAAAUGCGAACCAGAAGAAGUCUGGAGAUUCAGGCCACUGAAGGAGCAACGUCGUCCAAUCCGUGCCAGGUUAGGGCGCAACCACAACACCGCACUAGGACCUAUUUGGCGAUUUUACGCGCACCCCGCUUCGAAUCUAAACUGGCGUGGAUUAGAACAGUUUAGGCAGAUAGUGCGUUGUCAUGGGUCCUGAAACACCAUCUGUCCCAACUGAGGAUGCUUCAAGUGAAGUGUCUGACCCCAUCAAGACUGAAGUAAAAUCUGAAGAUGAUGAACUACCCAUGGAACAUGCUUCAAACACUGGUCAUCCUUGUUCGGACUGUGGCAAGAUUUUCAGCAGACCAUCAAGGCUACUGAGACAUAAACCUGUUCAUAUGAAAAAGCCUAAAACUGUUCUUAAGUGUGAGCAAUGCGAUAAGUGUUUUACUCAAGAAGAAGCACUGAUUAGACACCAAAACAGCCAACAUAGACCAAAUAAGCAUCCUUGUCCUGACUGUGGCAAAAUCUUCAACCGCCCCUCAAGGUUAGAAAGGCACAGUAAAACUCACACCAAAAAACCAAAGUCAUUUCAGUGUUCAUUCUGCCAGAAACAAUUUACUAAAAAUAACAAACUUGUUCGACACGAACGGGUGCACACAGGGGAGAGACCGUUCACUUGCUCUUUCUGUGGCAAAGGCUUCACUGACCUGAGUCGCUGUAAAUCACAUGAAAAAAUACAUGACGAUAACCCAGAAAAACCUUUUGAAUGUUCAAUUUGUGGGAUGGGUUUUAUUCAAGCUUCCAGAUUAAAUCGCCAUUUUCGUUCCCACACAGGGGAAAGACCUUAUCAUUGUGUCCUAUGUGAAAGCAGCUUUUCCCGCUCAGAGGGACUUAAGAGACACAUGAGGAGCCACUCGGGCGAGCGGCCAUUCAUAUGUUCUGUUUGUGAAAAGGGAUUUUAUUCACGACAUGAACUAAACAAUCACAUGUUGACCCACUCAGGAGAGAAGCCUCAUAAGUGUCCCAUUUGUGGUAAAGGGUUUGCCCAAGUUGGCAAUAUGAGGGUACAUGAGCAAACUGUCCACUCCAAGAAAGAAUGCCAAUAUAUCUGUAAUGAAUGUGGAGCCACAUUUUCACAGUACAAGUCAUUGCAAAAGCAUCAGCAGAUUCACACAGGGAUAAAGCCAUACUCAUGCCUCACAUGUGGAGUGAGCUUUUCCUGGAGCCACGGCUUAAGCAGACACAAGAGGUCACACGCACAUAAAAGACUGUUGUCAGAGGCCCUUGUAUCUGAGGCAGAUAUGAAAGGCACAUGAACAUUUUCUCAAUGUAUGCAUUUUAUUUAAUCUCAAUUUGUUUACACAGUUUUGUUGCAAUCAUGGAUCUAUAUCUGGACUCUGAAUGAUGUAUAGACCUAUACAGUUGCAGAAGCCAAUGGGUUCUAUAUGUUUUUAUAAGAAAAAGUA